UUUUGUCAGAGGCAGGCGGAGACAAGUUAAAUGCUUGGCGAGCGGAAGAGACAAGAGACCACGGAGAGACUGCUGUGAUGGGGGCGCCUUUGAAGAGCGCAGGUCCUCUGACAGAGUUUGCCCUUUAAUACUCUCCCAGCACCCAGCGCACGGAAAAGGGGUGGGGGCAGUGGCAGUGGCAGUGGCUGCAUGAGUGAGAAACAGCCACAGUAGCGCUUCAACGGCAUCAGAGGUCUGCCUGCCACCUGAGGGGGGCAACUCCCAGAAGACCUGCCUGGGUGGUGCAAAGAAGAGACACCAGCACCCAGCUGGGGAGGUGCCAGCUCCCCCAAGGCCACAGGUGGGGCACAGGAAGAACUUCCUGGGCAGGGGCCAUGGCCCGGUCACCUCUCUGCUGGCUGUUUCUGGGUACCCUGGCAGGGCUCUCCGCUACCCCAGCCCCCCAGAGCUGUCCGGAGAAGCACUACCGGGCUCAGGGAAAACUGUGCUGCCAGAUGUGCCAGCCAGGAACGUUCCUGGUGAAGGACUGUGACCAGCAUGGAAAGGCUGCUCGCUGUGAUCCAUGUAAACAGGGGGUGUCCUUCUCACCAGACCACCACAGCCGGCCCCACUGUGAGAGCUGCCGGCACUGUAACUCUGGUCUUUUCGUUCAAAACUGCACCCUCACUGCCAACGCCAAGUGUGCCUGCCCUGAGGGCUGGCAGUGCAGGGACAAGGAGUGUACAGAGUGUGAUGGUCCAGCCCAGGCCCCAGGCCCACACCCACAACCCUCCCACCCACCUUAUGCUGAAGCAAUACCAGAGGCCAGGACCAGCCGGUACACUCAGACUCUGGCUGACGUCGUGCAGGUUCCUGUCCCAACUCUCUCCACCUACUUGUCUUCCCAAAGGUGCAGCUCGGAGUGCAUCCGCAUCCUUGUGGUCCUCUCUGGAGUGUUUCUUGCUUUCACCGUAGUCGGAGCCCUGUUCCUCUAUCAACAAAGAAAAUAUGGAUUAAACACCGGAGAAAGUCCAGUGGCGCCAGCGGAGCCUUGUCCUUACAGCUACCCCAGGGAGGAGGAGGGCAGCGCCAUCCCCAUUCAGGAAGAUUACCGAAAACCAGAGCUCGCUUCCUACCUCUGAGCCAGCGCUCCGCGGAGGAGGAGCCAUCACUGCCAUCAAGCCCGAGCUUCCAUCCCACCUCACCCGCCAUCCAGGGGGAUCGAGAGCUGGCACCCCCAAUUUCAGCACUACCCCUUCAUCAGAACCCUUUCCCGUGUGCAGACUUGGGAAACUGGCCAAUGUGCCUUUUCGGGACUGGUGUGUCGAGGACACAGGGGACGAGGUGGAGGGGUGGGGAAGCAAGAGCCCGGGUGUGUCCCAGCCAUCCAGCUUGCACCCUGUGCUGCAAGAGGGCUGGGGCUCCAGGUGGAAAACACACCUUGGCCUACGGAAGGCCAGCGCGCUAUACCGCUGACCUAGAAACAGCGAAAUAAAGUGACAGACGGCAGCUG